UCCUUACUAUCCUUCUAAGUUCUAACUGUUAGACCAUUAUUUUCAAAAUUCACUAUGAGAGCACACAAACUCUUGUUGUUUUUUAUACAAUUCUGCUUAAUAAACUAUAGUGCCAACAUCUUUCCAGCAAAUGGUUAUUUUCUUGGCCAUCAGUGUUCCAUUGUCCUCCAUUUGAAAAAUAACCUAAUAUUCAACUCUACAAAAUCCAAAAAGCUUACCCUUUGGAACCAAACUGAAGAUUGUUGCCAAUGGCAUGGGGUGACAUGCAACGAGGGGCGUGUUAUAGCCCUUGAUCUCAGUGAGGAGUCUAUCUCGGGAGGACUCGUUAAUUCAAGCUCUCUUUUCAGCCUUCAAUAUCUACAGAGCUUGAAUUUGGCUUUCAAUAACUUAAGUUCGGUGAUUCCUUCGGAGUUGUACAAGCUGAAUAAUUUACGUUAUUUGAACUUGUCUAAUGCUGGAUUUGAGGGGCAGAUUCCAGAUGAGAUUUUUCACCUCAGAAGGUUAGUUACUCUUGAUUUGUCUUCUUCAUUUACCUCACGUGAUAGGCUGAAACUUGAGAAGCCAGAUAUAGCAGUGUUUCAAAACCUUACAGAUAUCACAGAAUUGUAUCUAGAUGGUGUAGCAAUAUCUGCCAAAGGACAGGAAUGGGGUCAUGCUUUAUCUUCAUCGCAGAAGCUACGUGUUUUGAGCAUGUCAUCAUGCAAUCUCUCUGGACCUAUUGAUUCUUCACUAGCAAAGCUUCUGCCACUCACUGUUCUAAAAUUGAGCCACAACAACAUGUCAAGCGCAGUGCCAAAAUCCUUUGUAAAUUUCUCCAAUUUAGUCACACUAGAGUUAAGAAGUUGUGGCUUGAAUGGUUCUUUUCCAAAAGAUAUCUUCCAAAUAUCAACGUUGAAGUUCCUUGACAUCUCAGACAACCAAGAUCUUGGGGGUUCUUUGCCAAACUUCCCACAACAUGGUUCUCUUCAUGACCUGAAUCUUAGCUAUACAAAUUUCUCAGGAAAGCUUCCAGGUGCAAUUUCCAAUUUGAAGCAGUUAUCUGCAAUUGAUCUAUCUUACUGCCAAUUUAAUGGUACACUUCCUAGUUCAUUCUCAGAACUCAGCCAACUUGUUUAUCUAGACUUGUCUUCCAAUAACUUUACAGGUUCGCUUCCUUCUUUUAAUUUGUCCAAGAAUCUCACAUAUUUAUCCCUUUUUAAUAAUCAUUUAAGUGGGGUGUUGCCAUCCAGUCAUUUUGAGGGCCUUAAAAAGCUUGUCAGCAUUGAUUUGGGGUUUAAUUUUUUCGGUGGGAGUCUCCCCUCAUCUCUACUUAAACUCCCAUAUUUGCGAGAACUUAAACUUCCUUUUAAUCAAUUCAAUGGUUCCUUGGAUGAGUUUGUGAUUGCCUCCCCUUUGUUAGAAAUGCUUGAUUUAUGUAACAAUAAUAUUCGAGGGCCUAUUCCUAUGUCUAUUUUUAACCUCAGAACACUUCGUGUCAUUCAGCUUAAGUCAAAUAAGUUUAAUGGCACAAUACAAUUGGACAAGAUUCGCAAGCUGAGUAAUUUAAUUGAACUAGGCCUCUCACAUAACAAUUUGUCAGUUGAUAUAAACUUUAGGGAUGAUCAUGACCUGUCACCCUUUCCUCAUAUGACGCAUAUAAUGUUGGCUUCCUGUAAGUUGAGACGAAUUCCUAGUUUCUUGAUAAAUCAGUCCAUAUUAAUAUAUCUUGAUCUAUCUGACAACGGGAUCGAAGGACCAAUACCUAACUGGAUUUCGCAACUUGGAUAUCUUGCUCAUUUGAAUCUUUCCAAAAAUUUUCUCACACAUUUACAAGAAAGUAAUACUCUUGUUCGUUUGACAAACCUUUUACUUGUCGAUCUUAGUUCCAACCAACUGCAAGAGUCUUUUCCUUUCAUUCCAAGCUUUAUAACUCAUUUGGACUACUCAAACAAUAGAUUCAACUCUGUCAUUCCAAUGGACAUCGGAAAUCAUCUCCCUUUCAUGAAUUUCUUGUCUCUUUCAAACAAUAGUUUUCAGGGACAAAUCCCUGAAUCAUUUUGCAAUGCUUCAAGUCUUCUCCUGCUAGAUCUUUCCCUUAAUAACUUUGUGGGGAUGAUUCCCAUGUGUAUUACUAAGUUGAGUAACACUCUAAAGGUGUUGCACUUUGGUGGAAACAAACUCCAAGGUUAUAUUCCUAAUACUCUGCCAACUUCAUGCACUCUAAAGUUAUUGGAUCUAAAUGACAAUCUCUUGGAGGGUACCAUUCCAAAAUCUUUAGCCAAUUGCCAGAAACUACAAGUCCUAAACCUUCAAAAAAAUUUAUUGAGUGACAGAUUUCCAUGUUUCUUAACUAAUAUUUCCACCUUGAGAAUCAUGGAUUUAAGGUCAAACAAACUUCAUGGAUCAAUCGGAUGCCCAAGAAGCAGCGGUGAUUGGGAAAUGCUUCAUGUUGUUGAUCUAGCCUCCAAUAAUUUCAGUGGGGCAAUACCAGGAGCACUAUUAAACACUUGGAAAGCAAUGAAGCCUGAAUUUGGUCACUUAUUUUUUGAUCUCGUUGAUUACUAUGACCAAAAGAAUUUCAAGGAUUUAUUGACACAUACGAACAAAAGUAUUGUAGCUAUAUUAGCUAAACUUGUUACAAACGUACCUCGCUCUAUCCUUGACCAGACAUCUUCCGAUAAUUAUAAUACAGGGGAGCUCUCUCGAUAUCAGGAUUCAAUUAUUAUUACCUACAAAGGUAAACAAAUAAAGUUGGUAAGAAUUCAAAGGGCCUUCACUUACGUGGAUAUGUCAAGCAACAAUUUUGAGGGUCCAAUACCAAAUGAGCUAAUGCAGUUCAAGGGAUUGAAUGCUCUUAACUUGUCAAAUAAUGCCCUCUCAGGUCAUGUCCCAUCAUCUAUUGGAAAUUUGAAGAAUCUUGAGUCUUUAGACUUGUCAAACAAUUCUUUCAAUGGAGAAAUUCCAACAGAGCUCGCAAGUCUAUCUUUCCUUGCAUAUUUGAAUCUCUCAUAUAAUCACCUGGUGGGGGAAAUUCCAAAGGGUACCCAAGUUCAAUCAUUUGAUGCAGAUUCCUUUGAAGGGAAUGAAGAGUUAUUUGGACCUCCACUGACCCAUAAUUGCAGCAACGAUGAAGUGCCAACACCUGAAACACCUCAUUCACACACUGAGAGUUCAAUUGAUUGGACUUUUUUAAGUGUAGAGUUGGGAUGUAUUUUUGGCUUUGGAAUUUUCAUCUUACCUCUUAUUUUCUGGAGUAGAUGGAGGUUGUGGUAUUCCAAACGCGUUGAUGAGAUGCUUCACAGAAUCAUCCCCCAGCUUGAUUUUGCGUACCAACACCGUGGAGGGAAGCGAUACAAAAUCCUUGUGUGGAGGUACUGAAAUCUAAUGUAAAAGUUUUACUGGUUGAGCUUCUGCAAUUGGGCAAUUACUGUUCAUAAUAUUUUGCUUUUGUAUGUUUUAAUAUUCCUUUGUUUAUGAGCAAUGUCAAAUAAGUACUGUUUCCAUUAAUCAUGUUGAGACCAGCGAUAAAGCAAAGUAGUUAGUAAUCUCAAGAUGUGUUUUAAAUGAUUGUUUGACAGUUCGGUUAGUUUAAGUUAUAUUGAGUUGUAAAAUGUAUAGAUAUAUUUUUUUUUGGCUAACAAUAUACUAGAUGAGUUUGAAUUUGGUGUGGAGUUGGAUGAGACUUUUGUUCUGUUGGGAGGAAUACCUUUCUUGAAAUUUAGGAAUCUUGUCUAUUAUGUUUUAUCCGUUAAAGUGGAGAAAGAUAUAUGGUCCUGGAAAGAGGAUGCUUCUCAUGUCUAUACUGUUUGUUCAGCUUACAAUUUUCUGUUUUCUUCUCUUCUGUUAGGACCAAAUAAUUUCUUUGGUGUGUUGCUAAACAGCAUUUGGAAGUACUCUGUCUUGGAGAUUGAUGCUAGACAGACAGAAGCCGCUCUACUCAAGAAGGGGCUAAAGUUGAAUGGUCUUGGCUUGUUGGGUCCACUUUAUAGUUUUGUCGAAGAAGAUUAUAGUCACUUAUUUGUCUCUUGCCUAUUUCUCUUACUGUAUUUGGUUUGCUAUUUUAUUGGCGCCCUCUUCUUAUGGGGCGUUGUUUAUCCAAUUUGGCUAGUUAUUGGGUACGUAGGAGACAAGUUAAGAAUUUUUUUUUUUUUUUUUUUAAAUUUGGCAUGCAAUUGUGUUGUCUAUAUUGUAAAUUUUUUUGUUGUUACGAGUUUUUAAUAUAUCAAAAUUUUUGUUUUGAUUCA